AUGCCGGGGGAAGAUCAAGCAGCGUACAUUUACCGCAUGACCUCUGGGUUCAAGAUUGGAAAGCUAACCGAGGAUGACUUCAGGGAACUCGACGUGGCGGCGAGCGCCACUGGUCGCGCCGUUCGUAGCGUUUCCGCACUCGUCGCACAACGGAACUGGACUCCAGGAUUCCAUGAUUUCGUCCGCAGGGUGAUGGCGUACGAGCCGUACUCACAGUUCAUCUUACACCACCACGCACUUGACGAAGCGUGUGCGAUCCACGCGAGGAGCUUCCCGGAUGGGAUGCUACCGCACACGCCUCUCAACGAGUUCCAGCUUAGUCGACCGUGGCAACCGAUAUUACAGCCAACGAGGUGGCGACCGACAACAUGGCUGUCAGGAGACAUGUUCGAGAAAGCGGGUCUUCGGGUAGAGCGGGUGCCACUCAUAUCAACGUACGCUGGGUCUUCUGACCACGCAGGCAAGAGCUCCAUCACCUUCGUCGCGCACAAGGAUGGGGAGAGGUUCAUUUGCAACCCGGGGGGUCGGGAGAGCGAUGAGGGGGGCGAGACGACACACACACCUCGGGCAUCCAGGCCAACCUGUGUCCAGCCGCCUGUAGACGCCGCGUUAGACCCGCAAGUAGGGAAGUGGUCAACGCGAAGACCCGCCGAGGGGUCUUUCAUCAGCAGCCCCCUGACCACGUUCUUCAUUAAACGAUAUACCGACCGAGACGAUGCGGUGCUCACAACUGAUGCAGCCGUAGACACCACAGUUUGCGAACAGGCGCUCAAGCACGGACGUACGCUGGUGGCAUUAGUCCCUAACUUCGGUACGGUGGACUCGGUGAGGCAGAAAGUGAGGAAAUGGGAGGAGGAGUUUAGGUCGGGAGAGCCUCGACCCUGGGUUCGGGAGACACGCCCCAACAUCCCUCACAGCAACGUGCCACGGUCGGUGGCGCCUCGGGUCUGGGCUUCGAGGGACACACAUCCCGUGAACAUCCCUCACAGCAACGUGCCACGGGAGGUGGCGGUUGAAGUGGCCUGGAGGCAACCUCAACACGCACCGCAUGUGAUCUCCCCGGAGCAGCAGGUCGCCGCCAUGGCCGCGAAGGACCAGGGACUCGAAAUAAAGGCAUCCAAUCGUCACGGACUCGGUUUGUUUGCUCAGGAGGACAUGGCUGCAGGAGACGCCAUGCCUAUGGCUUGUUUCGGGUCUUUCGUAGUGCAUGAUUCUGUAGAAGAGGUCGUGUCUGCCAUGAACAAGGACGGUGUCCCUCGCCACCACGUGACUUCUAAAGUGUGGCUGCUGUGCACAGAGUAUGAGAACAGUCGUCCACAGGCCGCGCUGUACAUGGUGCCUCACCGGUCUUGCUUCUUGUGGUACAUGAACUCAAGCGGCUCGGACGGCGGAGAUGCUAACGUGGAGGCACACGAACAAAUUGAUGCUGAACUUCUCAGCCUCGGGAGGCAGGGCCGGGGCGGUACAGAGAUUCGACACGUGCAAAACCCGGCCUUUGAGGAGCUGCUCGUGCCAUCUAAAGUACUGGUGUUCAGACUUUCUAGAGAUGUCAAGGCUGGAGAAGAACGUUUGUACGACUACCAUGUGGCGGAGUCUAAGGGUAGUUUGGGUAGCGUCUAA